AUGUCUCUCACCGCACGUACCGCAAGCCUCUCGCGCGCAACCAACGAGACCAAGAUUCAAAUCUCCCUCUCCCUCGACGGCGGUGUUCUCCCACCCUUCGAACCCUCAACCCACUUCCCCGCCCCAUCAGACCCCCAAGAAGCCGAAGCUGCCAAAAAGGGCAUUCUCCCUAUCAAAGAAGCCAAGCAUGCCACUCAAUUCACCCCCACCCAGCAAAUCACCAUCAGCACCGGCAUCGGCUUCCUCGACCACAUGCUGCACGCACUCGCCAAACACGGCGGUAUGAGUCUUGCAGUCCGCGCAAAGGGUGAUCUAUACAUCGACGACCACCACACAACAGAAGAUACAUUCCUUGCGCUGGGCGAAGCAUUCACCCAAGCACUUGGAGCACGGCAAUCACUCGAGCGAUUUGGGCGCGGCGACGCACCCCUCGACGAAGCACUCUCAUGGGCAGUCAUCGAUCUCUCAAGUCGGCCAUGGGCAGUGAUUGAUCUCGGAUUCAAGCGCGAGAAGAUCGGCGACCUGAGCACCGAGAUGAUCACACACGGUCUGCAGAGCUUUGCGCAGGCUGCCGGUGUGACCCUGCACGUCGGCUGCACCUACGGUGACAACGACCACCACCGUGCCGAGAGUGCAUUCAAGGCUCUUGCUGUUGCUAUUCGCAAUGCCUGCAAGCGUCGUGUUGCAGGCGACGUUGGUGCCGGUGAUGUUGUCAGCACCAAGGGUGUGUUGUAA